AUGGAACGUGAAAUUGUUCGUCAAGAGUCUUAUGAAGAACCUGGUCGACGUAGUCGAUUAUGGCAUCGGGACGACAUCCUAAAUGUAUUUUUGAAGAAUAGAGGAACAAAGGCAAUUGAAGGGAUUGUCUUACACUUGCCUGAAUUGGAAGAGGCACAUUGGAAUCCAGAAGCCUUCUCUAAGAUGUCUAAGCUAAGUGUCAUCUGUGGUUUGAAGUCUCUUCAAAACCUCAACAUGUCUGGAUGCUCAUUACUUGGAAACCUACCGGAAAUCUUGGGGGAAAUUGAGUGUUUGGAGGAACUUGAUCUGAGUGGAACUGCUAUAGGAGAGCCACCAUCCUCCCUUGCUCUGAUGAAAAAUCUCAAAGUGUUAUCCUUUUGUAGAUGUAAAGGGCAACCGCCUAAAUCAUGGCAUUCGUUCCUCCCUUUUGAAUUUUUUGCAGGAAAGAGUUCUGGUCCUAAGGGUUUGGUGUUGGCUUCUUUAAAACGUUUCUGCUCUUUGAAGAAAUUAGAUCUAAGUGACUGCAAUCUUUGUGAAGGAGGAAUCCCUGAUGAUAUUGGAUGCAUGUCCUCCUUAGAAGAAUUAAAUUUAAGUGGAAACAAUUUUGUUAGCUUGCCUGCAAGCCUUAGAUGUCUCUCUAAGCUUUGGGAGUUAAACUUGGAAAGCUGCAAAAGUCUUCAGCAGUUGCCAGACCUUCCAUCAAAUAGGACUUUACAUGGAGUCCGUCAUUCUGUUCUCAAAUUCAACAUUGUCAUUCCUGGAAGUGAAAUUCCUGAUUGGUUCAGUAAUCAACGUGUGGGAGAUUCACUAAUGGUGGAGUGGCCUCCGCAUUUAUGUAAUAGCAAGUGGAUGGGGUUUGUUUUAUGUGCUGUUUUUGGAGCUCAAGAAAAUCCAGCUGCCCUUCUUGAAUUUGAUUCUUUUGGACGCCAUCCAUGUGGAAUUUUAUGUUAUUUGGAAAUAGCUGGAUCAUAUCAACUUUCUUUUCCUAUACCUGAUGAGGUGUAUCAUAGUGUUGGCCAUGUUGCAUCAGAUCACCUUUGGUUACUCUAUUUUUCUCGUAAGUACCAUCGCUGUGAGAACUUUUUGAAGGAUAACUGCAGUCAGGUUGAGGUUUUAUUCAAACCCUUUGUAGUGUGCGAAACAACACGUGCUUGA